AUGGAGGGACUUGGGCGGGAGAUGAAGACCGGCUGCAACGACUCGAUCGGCAGCAGCAGCUGCUUCACGCCGCUUUCUUUACAAGCUGAAUGCCUAACAGCACCCCCAAGAGCAAACUUGCUGCUGCUGCAGCAGCCUGCAUCUACUCCCCAGAGGCAGAAGCAGCUCCCGCUCAAGCAUGCAGACGUGCAAAUGCUCCAGAAGCAGCAGCAGCAGCAGGAGCAGCAGCAACAGCAGCAGCAGCAACAGCAGGAACAGGAGCAGCGGCAGACGAGGUAUACACGUAAUGUGAGGAGCAGGCCUAAAUUCAUGGCUGCUGCUGCUGCAGCAGCAUUCGCUCUGCGUUCUCUCCAAAGGCGUCCGCCCCCAGCCAGUGCCCAGAAAGCUCAGCAGCAGCAGCAGCAGCAGCAGCAGCAGCAGCAGCAACAGCACAACUACCACCAGCACAGCGAGCUCGAAGCUCGUGAGUCGAAAACAGAGUUCACAGAUCAAUAUACAUCAAAGCGAACGAGUGGGUGGGGAGAGAAGCAAGCAUACGAACAGCAGCAGCAGCAGCAGUGGAGGAAGCAACAGCAGCAGCAGCAGCAACAGCAGCAACAGCAGCAGCAGCAACUAAGUGUCCCAGGAAUGUUGCGAAGGAAAACAUUUGAAACAACUUUGGCAAGGUUCCUUGGCAGGUGGGGAGAUCGUCCUGGGGCUGCUGCAGCAGCAGCUGCUGCAGCAGCCGCAGCAGCAGCGGCAGCUGCUGCUGCUGCUUCUCCAGCCGUUGCCGCUGCCCCUGCUGCUCCUGCUGCUUCAGCUGCCGGUGUAGUGGCCAGCACUACAGAAGUAUACACAGGCACAGGCGACACAUCAGGCAGCUCUCUCUGCGAUUCUGAGGCGGUGGUUCCCUACAGUAGAAGCCUAGCGUCGGCGUGUUCCGUGCAGCAGCAUGGGGAGCAGCAGCAGCAUGAACACCAACGGCAGCAGCUUGAACAGCAGCACCAACGUGAACAGGAGCAGCAGCAUGAACAGCAGCAGAAGUGUGAACAGGAGCAGCAGCACGAACAGCAGCAGCAGCAUGAACAGGAGCAGCAGCAUGAACAGCAAGAGCAACGUGAACAGGAGCAGCAGCAUGAACAGCAACAGCAGCAGGGGGAGCAGCAGCUGCAGCAGGAGCAACAGGCCAGACAGGAUAUGGAGUACUCCCUUGAGCAACAGUGCAACCUAUACAGCAUCGAGUCCUUCUUAUCUGUUGCAUCAUCCGACGACAUGCCGUCGCAGCAGCUGCAGCCGCAGCCGCAGCAGCUGCUGCUGCAGUUCUCGCGCUGCUACAGCAGCGGAAGUGAUGUUGGAGCUCUUGCUACAGCUGGAGAGACGACGGGAGACGAUCCAGCAGUGAGAGACUCUGCAGCAGCAGCAGCAGCAGCAGCAGCAGGUGGAGAAGCCGCUGCGGCGUAUUGCCUGCCGGCUUCUUUCAGGAAGCAGCAGCAGCAACAGCAGCUGUCUGAGGAGCACUCCAUAGCCUGGGAGGCAAUUACAGUUGAAGGCAGCAGCAGCACAAGAGAUCGCAGCAGCGGCAGCAGCAGCAGCAGCAGCAGCAUGAGCUGCCGGGCAGCAACCAACUUAUUUGAAUCUGCCUUGAGGGCUGAAGACUCAGCCGAUGAAGAAGCCGCUGAACCGGAGAGUCUGCCGUCUCCUCCUGCUGCAGAAGCUGGAGCAGCAGAAGCUGCGCCAGCGGAAGCAGCAGCUGAAGCAGCAGUAGUAGCACCAGCAGAUGGAGUAGCAGCAGAUGGAGUAGCAGCAGCUGCAGCAGCAGCAGCAGCAGCAGCAGCAGCGGCAGAAGUACAGGUUGGACGUGCGCCGCAGGCCAAGCCAGUCGCAGCAGUGCCCAGAUCGAGGAAUUCUUUAUUCAAGAAUGCAGCUGCUGUCGAUUGGCUCAUAGCGCGGCAGCAGCAGCAGAGACAGCAGCAGCUGCAGCGACUCCACACGUAUCAGGGGGGUGUGCUGCGUCCGACAGCAAGGCACAGCAGCAGCGGUCUAACUGAAUCGAAUACAGCAGCAGUAGCAGCAGCAGUUGCACCAACAGCAGCAGCAGUUGCAGCAACAGCAGCAGCAGCUGCACCAACAGCAGCAGCAGUUGCACCAACAGCAGCACCAGUUGCAACAACGGCAGCGCCAGCAACACUUUCUGGAGCAGCAGCACAAACAUCAGCAGCAGCGUCAACUGCAGCAACAGCACCAACGCUACCACCACCACCAGCUGCAGCAACGUCCUGCGAAGGCAAACGAAUCGUCAAGAGGGUGCUUCCUCAUCAGCUGCGCGCUCUGCGCCAGCUCUCCCGUGCUGCAGCACAUCCGUUGCGUCCUAAGGGGCUGCAUGCAGCAGCAGAAGCAACAGCAACAGCAACGCAGCCGUCAGCAGCUGCUCAGCACACUGGAGUAGCACGGCCCCACGUAGCAGCACCUUUGCCUCCACGCAGCCGGGAUGCGUCUAUAGACGGCGCAAACUGCGUGGGGGCCCCAGGAGUAGAGAAAGCAGCGGAGGUGCAGUUUCAGCAGCAGCAGCAGCGUGAGCAGCAACAGCAACAGCAACAGCAGCAGCAGCAGGUGCAGGUGCAGCAGCAACGGGAUGUGCCACAGAAACCGCUGCAGCGCCUCUUCAGGCCUCACCACAAGGACAGCCACGGCGCGUGGGCAGCCUCCGAGCGGCCUGCAUCAGCAGGGCACCGCAAAGCAACAGCAAUAGGAGCAGCAGCAGCAGCAGUGGCACGGCUGACACCAUGGGAACGCAGUGAAGUUCUUGAAUACCCAACAGUCUGGUACUGGGGGUAUCUAAGGGAGAGGCCAGCAGGUACAGGGCGCGCAUCUGUAUACGGCGGCCCAUAUACCCCUGCUUCUGCUGCUGCUGCUGUUGCUGGGGGCCGGGCUGUGGCGAGGGCCUUGGGUAGAUCUCCCAAGGGUUUGUACCACCCAUCAGCUUCAAUGUCUCUUCUAGAUGGAGACGAUGGCACUGCGUGUGGAGAGCUGGGGGCUAGCAGCAGCCAUAGAAGCAACACGAUGAGCAGAAGCAACCGACAGCUCAUGAAUACGACAAGUGAUAGCGCAUGCAGCUACUUCUGCGAUGCGAAGGGGGACUAUGUGGUAUUUGCGAAUGACCACAUUUGUUAUCGUUUUCAGCUGCUGCAGCCACUAGGCACUGGUUCCUUUGGUCGCGUGUUUCGGGCUCUUGAUCACAAGACUGGCGAGGAAGUGGCUGUGAAAAUCUUAAAAAACAAAAGCAACUUUCACGCUCAGGGGCAAGAAGAAGUGAACGUGCUGCAGCAUCUGUCUGCUCUGGACAAGUCAGGGAAAGCACACAUCCGUAGCUUUACAACUGCUGCGGGCACUCCGGCUAUUGAAAAAGGCACAGGUCGUACACUGCGAUCUGAAACCAGAGAACAUAGCCCUAGUAGCAGGCCGCAAGAGUACAAGGCACAGGUCGUACACUGCGAUCUGAAACCAGAGAACAUAGCCCUAGUAGCAGGCCGCAAGAGUACCGUGAAGCUGAUAGACUUUGGUAGCAGCUGCAUGGAAGGCCGCCAGCAACAUAACGCCUACAUACAGUCGAGAUAUUACAGGGCCCCUGAGAUAUUGCUGGGUCUACCAUAUGGGCCCCCCAUUGAUAUGUGGUCGUUGGGCUGUGUUCUGGCGGAGCUGCAUAAAGGCACGCCGCUGUUUCCAGGGGUUGAUGAGGAUGACCAGUUGCAGACAAUUGCUUCGUUGCUGGGCUUUCCCCCUACAGACUUGAUCCUACGAUCCCCACGAUCCGCGGUAUUCUUUGAAAAGAAUGCAGAAGGGGGAUUCUCCUUUCUCAAAGCCCGCUCAAGCAGACAGAACAGGGAAACACCAAACUCCUGUGGAUCGCACUGCCGCACACGCCUUGAAUGUGCGCUCAGCCCCGCAGAAAGUUCCUUUGUAGAUUUCCUUAAAGGUAAGAACCUCAUUCAGCUUCUUCACACCCCAUCCCCCUCUGGCUGGCCAUUCAGCCCCCUCUAG